AAUAGUUAGUUAUAAUAUUCAGUUAAGUGUCUAUUUAUUUUAGAAAAAUUAGCAAUUAUUAAAAUUUUGUUAUUUGUAAAAAAAGUUUAAAAUAGAUAUUUAUAAAAUACAAUUUAAAAACUAUUUUUAAUUAGUAUAAUGGAGUUUAAUGUUAAUAAAUAUAACAAAUCUAAUAAAUUGCAAGUUCGCGAUGCAAACGAUCUAAUAAAGAGGAUUAACAAUGAAAACAUCGACAAAAAAUAUGAUAUAAUUUUGGACAUUGGGUGCGGCACUGGAAAUAUUACACAAACAUUAAAUGACAAAUUAUCUGUUGAUCACAUCUAUGGCGUCGAUGUGGACACCGAUAUGAUUGAGUUUGCCCGACAACACCAUCCAAAACCAAACAUAACAUAUUUGUCUCAAGACAUUAGUGUUGAUUGGGAUCAGUUGUCGCCACAGAUUCGGUCACUCGAGUCAAAGGUUUCGUUGAUUUUUACGAACCAUUGUUUUCAUUGGAUUGUCAACAAAGAAAAUGCUGUCAAAAAUAUUGAACGAUUGCUCAACAAAUCGGCUAAAAUCUAUGCAAAUAUCUAUUGGAUUAUUGAUCCGUUUUAUCUUAAUUUAUCAGAUGAAGAGUUAGUGAUUCAUCGAAAAGAGUUUAUGAAUAUUCCGACAAAAGAAAAACAAUUAGAUAUUUGGAUCAAACUAUUCAAUGGCAGUAAUUUGUCGGUCAUUUCGUACAACUUUUUAUUGAAAUCCGCUGAAUAUGAGUUGAAAUCAUUUGAAGAAAAUGUUUUACCUUUAAGUACAACCAUAAGAAAACAAUAUAUUGUUGACUACGAAAAGGAUACACAAUUGAAAAAUGAUAAAAUCAAAGCACAGGUAUUGGCAAAUGUACUCAAAAAUAAAAUUGUGUCGGCCACUUUUGGUGGCAGAGACACGACUGGUUAG